AUGUUACCAGGGAGAGAUGCGGAUAUAGGCGAUGCGGAUGCGCAGCAAGUAGCGGCCAACUUCAUACGGCGGGCGCGAUAUAGGCGCUCGCAGCAGCAAGACUCAACGCCAAGCUUCUACUUUUCCAUCCGGCAAGAGUUCCAAAACGAGCAGCUCUUCUUUGGCCUGUCCGUAUCGCUCGAGCGCGCCUCGGAUGCCAUCAUGCUUGCACAGAUGCGCGGAGUUAAGUCUGUCACGCCAAUCACGUUUGUGCGGCGGCCUCAACCGUAUGCGAACAAGGUGCAGUUGGCGACCAAGCCGAGUCCCAAGCAAAUCAGCGAGCAUUUUAGCUCGCUCAGCGCUUGCGGGGUCGACAAGGCCCACGCAGAAGGCAUCAAUGGUACGGGUAUCAAGGUCGCAGUCAUUGACACUGGCGUCGACUAUACUCACCCUGCCCUUGGUGGCUGUUUUGGCCCCACUUGUAAGGUGUCCUUCGGGUUUGACUUUGUUGGUGACAGCUAUGAUGGAUCGAAUGACCCUGCGCCUGACAGUGACCCUUUGAGUCAAUGCGGUCCGCACGGGACACAUGUAUCAGGAAUCAUCGGCGCGCAGGACAAACGCUACCACCUGGUCGGUGUCGCACCGGGCGCAACGCUCGGCAUGUACCGCGUCUUUGGCUGCACCGGUGGCACGGCCGACGAUGUCCUGAUGAAAGCGAUGGAGACGGCCUACGAAGACGGCGCCGACAUUAUCUCCAUUUCUAUUGGCGCGCCUGCAGGCUGGACCGAGUCUCCCACGGCCAAGGUGGCCUCGCAGAUCGCAAAGAAAGGUCGCGUCGUCUCUGUCGCUGCAGGCAACGAUGGCUAUGCAGGUAUGUUCUUCCCCAGCACUCCUGCGGUUGGCUCGGAUGUCAUCUCCGUCGGAAGCGUGGACAACGCUUACUACAUAGUCUUCAACGCCACGAUCUCCGGUGCAAGUACCGGAUCUGUCCCAUAUUACUCAGCACGUCCUCUUCUUAUCCCACCGUUGUCGCUGUAUGCGACAUCAUUCGACACUACCGUUACGAGCGAUGCUUGCGACCCGUUGCCAGAUUACACGCCGGACCUAGGCAAGGCGAUCGUUCUCACCAAAAGGGGAGGGUGCUCGCUCGAGCAAAAGUUCCGCAACAUUGCAGCGUACAACGGCAAGUAUGUCAUCAUUUAUAACACCAACAUUGCGCCCGUCUAUAUUGAGCCAGCCAAUGGCAUUCUUAAGUCUGCGAUGAUUGGCGCAGACGACGGAAAAUGGCUUGUCGAUCAAUUGCAGCAGGGCCUGGCCGUAAAGAUGGCAUUCCCUGAUAGCCCGGUCCUUGGGGUGGCGAACACUUUCACCGGGGGAACAGUCUCUUCGUUUUCAUCUUACGGACCAACAUUUGACAUGUCAAGUCAGACGGACCUGGCAGCUCCGGGUGGGUCGAUUCUCGGACUCUGGCCCGUACCGCUGGGUAAUUACUCGAUCGUCAGCGGCACGUCCAUGGCGGCGCCUUACAUUGCUGGCGCUGCCGCGCUCCUCUUGCAAGCUGCGCGUGAAGGCAGAACCAGUCUGUCCGAAAGUGUCAUGGAGCGCUUCCGUAGCACUGCCAUGCCAGUCUUCAAUGCGACCAACUCUUCGCGUGCAUUCCUCGAGACCGUGGCAAAGCAGGGCGCCGGUCUGCUUCAGCUCAACAAUGCCAUACAUUACACUACUCAUGUCUUCCCCUCCUUGCUGUCAUUGAAUGACACCUCAUCAAUGGGCAAGGUGCAGUCUUUCACGAUAGUGAACAAUGGGGACUCACAAAUGUCGUACAGCAUCACCCACGAGCCCGCAGGAACGGCGUUGACCUACCCUAAAAAUUCGCCCUAUCCUUUCGCCGGUCCAGUGCCACUCGUGGAUGCCCAUGCGUCCGUCAGCAUUACCCCGAUGACGUUGUCGAUCGACCCAGGAGAGAAUCAGACGAUCCAGGUGGUAUUCACCCCCCCGUCCGGACCUUCUCCUGACCCUAGCACAUUUCCUGUCUUUUCUGGCUUCAUCAAAGUAGCCAGCUCACCGCUAAACGAGUCGCUCACAGUCGCGUACCUUGGGCUAGCAGCUAAGAUGUCCUCCCUCAAGCUUCUGGACACUGGCAACGGCGUUACAAAGAAUUACCCUCUCCCAGCCGUUCUUGUUGGGAGUACCGGCAAGAUUCAGCGGCUACCGCGGACGUAUACUUUUGAAAAUGGCGAUGUCCCAGUCAUGCAAUUCCGACUAGUAGGCGGCUCACGAAGCGUCAAGGUCGACCUUGUCGAAACGGCUACACAAUCAGUUGUCGACAAUGUCCCCUUAUUCGCCAGCGGCUCCCGCAAUAUGUUGGAUACCUCUAUGCUUGCAGGAACUGGGCUGCUCGCUUAUGCGGGCAAGGGGGGCGCAUACACCCUUGAACCUGAAUCCACAGACCACACCUUCAUCAAUUUCGCUUCGGAAAGUGAACCUUUAGGAACACGCGGCACAGCCUCGAACACAAUCAGGCCAGCGAGUAGUGCCGGGCAGGUGGCGUCUUCUUCUUUCUUGCCAAGGAAUACGAUGGACCCAGACUAUGGUAUCUAUGCAUUAGCGUGGGAUGGAACUGUCGACGGUGUUGGAAAGGUGAAACCUGGCGACUAUCAAUUACAUCUCAAGGCACUCAGGCCGGGUUACGACAUACCGCAGGACGGCGGCAACUCGACCUCGUCUACUGCCGCCAUGGACUCGGAUGGCUCGAGUCCUUGGGAAGAAUGGUAUUCUCCUAUUGUGAGAGUACGGUAA